UUGCAGUCAGCCAGCGAGGAUGAGACACCUGGUGAUCGCGCUGACGGCCUGUGUGCUGGCGGUCGGCGGGGCAGAGGACCUGGAGUGGUGGCAGAGGACUGUCCUGUACCAGGUGUACCCGCGCUCCUUCAAGGACAGCGAUGGUGACGGCAUGGGCGACCUGCAAGGGAUAAUAGAGAAGAUGGAUCACAUAAAAGAUGCUGGGGCGGACGCAUUUUGGAUGUCGCCCAUAUUCACUUCGCCAGGAGUCGAUUCUGGCUACGAUAUCUCGAACUACACCGAGAUCGACCCGAUGUUCGGGACCAUGGAAGACUUCGAAGACCUGAUCUACAAGGCGAACGAACUAGAUCUGAAGGUGCUGCUCGAUCUGGUACCCAACCACGUGAGCAACGAAAGUGAGUGGUUUGUGAAAUCCGUGCAGAGGAUCGAGCCGUACACUAAUUAUUUCGUGUGGGCUGACCCGAAGUACGACGAGAACGGCACCAGACUGCCGCCGAACAACUGGCUGAGCUACUUCGGCGGGUCGGCCUGGGAGUGGCGCGAGGAGAGGCAGCAGUACUACCUGCACCAGUUCGUCGUGCAACAGCCCGACCUUAACUACCGCUACAAGCCCGUGGCCGAGGAGAUCAAGGGCGUGAUGCGGUUCUGGCUGGACAAGGGCGUGCACGGCUUCCGGGUGGACGCCGUGUCGUGUCUGUACGAGGACAGACGCCUGCGCGACGAGCCGCCGUCGGGCCAGAACGGCACGGCGCCCGACCAGGAGGGCUCCCUCAGCCACGUCUACACGCACAACCAGCCCGGCAACUACGAGCUCAUCCACCAGUGGCGCGAGGUGGUCGACGAGUACACGAGGCAGGACGGCGUCGCGAGGAUCCUGAUCACUGAGGGAGACUCAGGACUGAACUACACCUUCAAGUACUACGGACCGAAGACUCGGCCAGGCGCUCACCUGAACUUCAACCUGUUCCUGUUCCAAGUCCUGUACAAGGACGCCGACGCCUUCGCCUACAACGAGACCAUCAACACGUGGCUGGAGCACAAGCCCGACCACUGCUGGCCCAACUGGCUGGUGGGGAACCACGACAACGCGCGGGUGGCGACGCGCGCCGGGCAGGCCCUGGUGGACGCCGUGAACGCAGUGCUGCUGUGGCUGCCGGGCACCGCCAUCACCUACAACGGCGAGGAGAUCGGCAUGAACAACACGCACGUGAGCUGGAACCAGACAGUGGACCCGCCCGGCAGAAGGGCUGGCCCGCAGAACUACAGCUCGUUCAGCCGCGACCCGGAGCGCACGCCCUUCCAGUGGGACAACUCCACCAGCGCCGGGUUCUCCAGCAGCAACGACACCUGGCUGCCCGUCAACAGCAACUACAAACAGUUGAACCUCCAGCAACAACAAGAAGCCAGCGAGAGCCACUACAAGGUCUACAAACAGCUGGUGGCUGAGAGGAAGUCCAAGACCCUUCAGAAGGGAAAAACUAUAGCUGAAGCCGUGACGAAGGAAGUCUUUGCUCUUGUCAGGGAGUUGGACGGCGAAGAUACGUACAUUCUGGCUGUGAACUUGGGCAACGAGACAACAAGGACGGACCUGACAGCAUCCAUCCCCUCUCUCCCGACCAGCGCGGCGGUGGUGGUGGCGAGUGUGGGCUCUGGCUUCAUCAGAGGAGAGAUACUGAACACGACAGAAAUCUCUAUCCCUUCGAAAGGCUUCGUGGGUUUGAAAGGAUCACCGAUGAAGUCACAUUCAGCUUCAUUUUCUUCUUCUCCGUCGUCUUCAGAAAGUUGGAAAGCGUUGUUCUUUUUCUUCAAGAGGUGGGACAGCGCACCCACAGUUACACGAUGUGCUGACGGCCAUGCUUGUACUGAAAGUUAGUUACUCGGCCACACUUUAGCAUCGUCUGAGACACGAAGUUAGAUGAAUACUGCUUGAAUGUAUUGAAAAGGCGAGAUGUAAGAUCGAGUUAGAUUUGAUCGACUACUUGAUUGUAGAAGUUAAAUUAACGGGACCUCAUGUGCUGAAAGGGUUUGACCAUUUAUGAUAUAUUGGUGUAGUGGCACAUGAGCUUUGUCACUGGGAACCUGGUGCCAGCUGGAUCUAGGAGUAUACUCUACCUCCGCAGCGUUAUUUCAUGUGAACCACUUUCUUUAAUACUUAUAAAGUCGCGAGCUACCAGAGAACUUGCACGAUGGCGUAAGGAAUUGAAAACAGAAAGUGGAAGACGUUGAAUCAAAAUCGAGAGGGUGCUUAUGUUAGGCUUUUUAACUAAAGUACUUAUACGGGAAGUCCAAAGUUCUUUAACAUCUACGCGCUUACGUGUUUAUACUUUGUUUAGCUUAGUUAAUUUUGGGUAUAAGGGAAUCAUCAUUUUGCUCGCGAAUGUUUGGUAGAUUUGAGAAGUAAGUCAUUUAUAAACAUUGACUUUAAACAUUCGCACUUUCUGCGUCAACAGUAAAAGCUAUUCCGUGGUCUGAUUUGUUUAAGUCUUUAAAAAUGUAUACCUGCAGAUACUCUUAACUCAUUGUAUAAUGUGUACGUUAUAAAUAGUUGCGUAUUUCUUGUUACAAAUAGUUGUGUAUUUAUUGUUACAAAUAGUUGCGUAUUUCUUGUCAUAAAGUCGUUUGCUAUCGAGAGAUUCAGCACAAAAAUAAAAUAUUUUCGUCGUUACCAUAAAAUGCUUAAUGCAGCUUAUAAAUGCACACUGCCAAAGUUGUGACAGAAAGAAAAAAUGGCUUUUAUUUUUUAAAUAGGCUUGUGCUAAAGAAGCCCAUAUAAGUUAUUGCUGUAUAUUUUUACUUUUUUUUUGUACCGGAUUAAAGUUCAACUAAAAAUACUCUUGACAAAAUGAAAAAAAAAAAUCUUAAAGAAGCAAAAAAUAAAAAAAAUAAAUGUACUAGCUAAAUUUGUAUGUUGCUGAUUGUAAUCGUUUGUAAUGUCAACACAUAUAUUUCAUAGCAAAUAUUUUUUUUUUGUUUUUUGUUAACAAAACAACAUGUAAUGUUCUAUCUAGUAAAGUAGUAAACAAGUAAAUGCAGAAAACAAUUGUUUGUGGUAACAUGAUUUUACAGUAAUGAAUUUUAUAUUAAUGAAUAUAGUUGAUUUAUGGUAUAAAUGAAAGCCCUGUUCAGUUUAUUUUUUCUAGACACAUUUUAUUAUUCCGAAACAUGGCAGACUGUUCGUUGCCAUGUAACUAGCGAAUAGUGUUCAUACGCGAGCCAAAUAGAACAUAAAUACAGUUGAUACUAAUAUUUACGUUAGUAUCACACUGGCUCUCACUCGAAUGCAAACACAUUGCGAACAGUUACAGAUUUCACUGGCCACAUUCUCUACUUUUAAAUUGUAAUAAGAUGUUAAAACACCGAACUACUAUCGAAGUAAGUAGUCAACGGUUACAGUUAUGCGAGGAGUCGAUAAGUCAUAGUCAGCGACGAUUCUACAAAUUUUCUCGUAAUAGUAUUGAGAUAAAAGAAAAUUUACUAAAACUACAAAAAAUAUGUGAUUGUCUAGUCAUAAUAAUAACUCAUAAAUUGAUUCCUUAAUUUUUUUAACAUUGUAAAUGUAUGGAAUUAUAUUUUUUAUCUUUUAUAUCUUAGGUAUAAGUUUUAGUUGCAUUUUAUUCACUUACUAACAAUCAUAUUUGUUAUAUAAAAUUAAUUUAGUUUGUAAGUUUUAUUUUGGUAUUUUCUGAAAAUAUUCUUGUUAAACAUUUAUUGUAUGGACAUUCAUUUUUGUAACUUAAAAAUGAUAGAAAUUGUAACAUAUUUUAAGAGUCAUAAUAAAUAUUUGCACUUUUAAGACUAUAA